CUCUCUCUCUCUCUCUCUCUCUCUCUUGCUUUUCCUACGAGCCACAAGUCGAAUAUGAUAGCAACUACUCUUCUUAGAGCAUCUCCAAUGUAUUACCCCAUUUUUUACUCCAAAAUGGUGCAACAUCAAAAUGGAGUAAGGUUUUACUCCAAUGUAUUACUCAAUUUUCUACUCCAAAAAUAAUAUUUCUUAAAUGAUUUCAUUUUUAUUUUAUUAAUAAUUGCAAAUAAAAUCUUAUACUUAUAAAAAUUUAUCAAUUAACCCCAACUAUUUUAUGUUUACGAUAAAUAAUUAAAAUAUAAAUUAUUUGAAUUAAAUAUUUUUUAUUAAAAAGUACAAGAAAUCAUUAAAAAAGACAACAUAUAUGUGGGUUCAACAAUGAGCAUUAGAAUAUUUUUCCCACAAAUGAUCAACUAAUGCAUUUCGUAAUGAAAAAUGAGCUUCUUUAUCUUUGAUAUUCCUAAAUCGAACAAGAAAAUUUUGAAAUCGGACAUUUUCAUCUUCUGCAAUUUCGAUACCCGGAGGUGGAGCUUCUCUUCCAAGUUCAAUGGGUGCAUCGAGUUCACGCUCAUCCAUACAAGAUCCAAAUGUUCGUGUUAAAGAUUGAAAGGACCAUUUUAAAGAUUAUUUAAGUAAGAAAUAAAAACAUUAAAGAUUGAAAGGACCAUUUUAUAAAUAAAAAAAGUUCAACUCCAAAAUGGAAUAAUGGGUAAGAUUACUCCAUAAAUGGAGUAACCCUAGCCAUUACUCCAUUUUGGAGUUGAAAAUGAAGUGGUGUUGGAGAAGAUUUUACUCCAUAAUAAUGUUUGGAGUUGAAAAUGGAGUAGGGUUGGAGAUGGCCUUAAUGCACAUACCCUCUUUUUUUCCUACAUACUUUUUAUCUAAUUAACUCCGGCCCUCACUGAAGAGUAUCUUUCCGUUCAAAGCAAUUUUAUGUUCGGAAUAAAUUGUACCACAAACACCAAUAAUAUCUAUCCUGCCUCAUCAUAUAUACAUAUGUAUAUAUAGUUAUUUAGUUGAACACACGAAAUGAUCGAACAUGUUGAUUGUAGCAUGUACACAACAAACCGAUUGAUUGAAGGACAGCCACACACGAGUGGGUAAAGCCGCCAAACCGUGACUUUGAUCAGUAUACCGGGAAUUUGACUGCCGGUCAUUUUAAUUAAUUUCUGCUAAGUACAUAUUAUCAGACUUAGCACUAGUAGAAAAUGAUUACAUAUAGCAGUUAUUGUUUUGUAAUUUUACUAUAAACUGAAAACACCAAAGAUAAGAACAUUUGAAUCGAAACAAAUGUAUAUACAUGUGCAAAUAAAUGAUCAUUUUGAUAAAUUUAGUUUUAAUAAGACAUCACAAGCAAGCAUAUUCAUCAUAAAAUAUGUAACGAGAUCGAAGAUUCAACAUAUACAAGGACUAACCAUUUUAAUAUAUUUUCAGGAAGUGGUUAACAGCAGUGUUUGGUCAGAUAUGCCUUCAAAUGCUAAAGAAGUAAGCAAAUAGAUUCCUCUCAUUUCCAUAAAAAGGAACACAACCUUGGGUUGAUCGAGCGAAAAUAUUAGAUUAAAGGCCAACAUGGCCUUAAAUAGAAAGAGAUAAAUAUAAGAAGAAACACAAUUUCUCUAUCAUAUGAUGAUCUAUUGUUCAAACUUUCAAGAUUCUUGGAUGAAAGAAUUUUGUGACUAAAUUCAAAACAAGUGUUUAUGUUUCUUCAAUACAAAUAGAACCCAAGCUUGUAGACAGUGAUAAUAACCCGAUAAGGAAAACCAUUCACGUAGUAAAAUGUAUAUCCAAAGUAUUAAACGCAGAAAUGAGGAGAAGAAGCCAAAAGGUAUGGAUCCCAACUGGAUGAGUAAAUUACAAAAAGAAGAAUCUAUAAAUAUUGUCCCUUAUCACUACCGUACGAAGUAAUUCUCUGCAGGAAAAUUCUUGGAAGCUGCAUUUGUCACAUAUCAUCUUCUAUUUUAGAUUAGUUUUAUAAUUUAUUUUAUAUAAUUAUUAUUCUAAUAAUUUAUUUUAUAUAAUCAUUAUUCUAAUAAUUUAUGAUUAAUGAUAGACAAAAUAAAAUAAAACAAAAUUUUGAAACAAAUAUUAAUAUAAUUUUAUUGAAAUCAUCUCUUAAUAGAACAUUUAUGAUAUAUUAAAUAUAAACGUACUAUUGCUCACAAAUUUAAAUAUUUUUGGCUGAAAAGUACCAAACUUAUAAUGUUUUAUGGAAUAAUAAACGAAAUAUAGAAUCCCACACUUAUAUAUAUAUCCUUUAUAUACUAAAGUACAAGUCGCUUGACAAAUUAGAAAUUGACAUGUGGAAAACAUUAAAAACACAAUAAAAAAAACAAUUGAAUUUAUCUUUACAUCUCCUACUUUCAUGCAACUAAAUCAACAACUCCCUAUAUUCCUGAUUUUUCUGAAAAGUGUUAAUCCACGUUAACUCAAAUUUUUAUAAACUGUUUUUUCAUCUUCUAUAUAACCUGCAAAUCAUCUCUACUUUCUUCUCUACGACAAACAAAAUUUUAUACCAUCUUGCCUCCAAUUUUUUUUUCUCUUUACUUUUCAUCUGUGGUUGAAUUGUCAAACUAAGGAGCUACAUCACCUUAUCAAAAAGAAUAAGUAAGUGUUUCGUUGUCCUGCAACAAUAAUAUAACGCUUACGUUAAUAUUUACUAUCCAUGUGCAACCAUAAGCACAAAUGCAUAAUCUCUGGCUUAUUAAUUUAUAGAUAUCAAUUUUCUGAAUGUUUUUUGUCAAUUAAGUUUUAAAAAAUUCAAUACAUAUUUGCUAUAGAUGGAGAGAAAAAAAUGUAAAAAAAGAUGAGAAAGACCUGCUACUCCACUCACCAUUUCAAGACUUGAUGAAGCGAUGCUCAAACUUGAGAUACCAUCAAAGGUGGCUAAAGGGAAGAAGAAGCACACUUGCCCCUGUUUUCUCGUCGAUGAUAACACCACAAGUGGCAAAAGAAGACGACGAGCUUCAAGAAGAAUGUGGAGUAGUCGGAAUCCACGGUGACCCUGAAGCUUCCCGUCUCUCUUACUUGGCUCUUCACGCGCUGCAACACCGUGGCCAAGAAGGAGCAGGAAUCGUAGCCGUUAAUCACAAGGGUGAUCUCGAAUCAAUAACAGGCGUCGGAUUAGUGUCGGAAGUGUUCACUGAGUCGAAACUAAACACUCUUCCUGGCGAUAUAGCGAUAGGACAUGUCCGGUACUCAACCUCCGGAGCCUCGAUGCUCAAGAAUGUUCAGCCUUUCAUCGCUACCUGCAAACUCGGAUCCUUGGCAGUAGCGCACAAUGGUAAUUUCUUGAAUUACAAGCAACUCAAGAGAAAGCUUGAGGAGAACGGUUCCAUCUUCAUCACAAGUUCUGACACCGAGCUGGUGCUUCACCUGAUCGCCAAAUCUAAGGCCAAGACGUUCCUUCUGAGGAUCCUCGACGCUUGCGAGAAGCUUCGAGGUGCUUUCUCGAUGGUUUUCGUCUUUCAAGACAAGCUUGUCGCUGUCCGAGACCCGUUCGGGUUCAGACCACUUGUGAUGGGCAGAAGAAGCAACGGUGCAGUUGUUUUCGCCUCAGAGACUUGCGCUUUGGACCUUAUCGAUGCGAGGUACGAACGUGAAGUGUGUCCGGGGGAAAUAGUGGUCGUGGAUAGAGGAGAUGUAGGGGAAAGCUCUAUGUUCAUGGUCUCUCACCCCGAACCGAAGCAAUGUGUGUUCGAGCACGGUUACUUCUCACAGCCCAACUCAAUUGUCUUUGGACGUUCAGUGUAUGAAACACGCCGCAUGUACGGUGAGAUAUUAGCCACGGUGGCACCUGUAGAAUGUGAUGUCGUCAUCGCAGUGCCGGACUCGGGGACAGUUGCUGCUCUUGGAUACGCAGCCAAAGCUGGAGUUCCGUUUCAGAUCGGUCUCCUGAGGUCGCACUACGCUAAACGCACUUUCAUAGAGCCAACUCAGAAGAUCCGUGAUUUUGCAGUCAAGGCAAAGCUGUCUCCUGUCCGGUCAGUCCUUGAAGGGAAGAGGGUGGUUGUGGUGGACGACUCUAUUGUCCGAGGAACCACGAGUUUGAAGAUAGUUCGGAUGCUAAGAGACGCUGGAGCCAAACAAGUUCACAUGAGAAUUGCAUUGCCGCCGAUGAUUGCGUCCUGUUACUACGGAGUGGACACUCCUAGGAGCCAAGAGCUCAUCUCUAGUAAGAUGAGCGUUGAGAAGAUAAGGAAGCAUAUUAACUGCGAUACUCUGGCGUUUCUACCAUUAGAUAGCUUGAAACAAGUCUAUGGACCAGUCGAGUCACACAGCUAUUGCUACGCCUGCUUUACCGGCAAGUAUCCAGUGACUGAGGAGGAGGAGGAGGAGGAGAACAAUGCCGAGAGAGAACUCACCGCUCUCUGAAUUAUUUGUAAUCAGAACAACCUCUUUUAUAUGCUUUAGUUAUUUUUCUUUUUCUUUUUCUUUUAAACUGGGGGGUGUAUAGUAAGUAAGUAAUUAACUAUGAGAAUUGGUUUUAGAAAAAGGGAAUAAAUACAUUGUUUCACGAAUGCUG